AUGGCGAGUGACGACGCCGUUCGCUCUGAAAUCGCCUCCAUUGACUCGCGCCUGAAGCAAUGGUUCCUCUUCCGCAGGGUCCAGGCCGAGAGGGCUCUGUCCAUAAAGAAGCUGCUGGAGGAGCACAACUUCAUCGGUCUGGCCUGCAACAACAAGAACGCGGGCGUCGUUGACCGGGUGAUGUGGUCGGACAUCGUGAACGGACGGCCAGAGCUGGAGGAUUCACUGUCUGUGAACGCCCGCGAGAUGAAGGCCGACAUGUACAUGGACAUUUUCACGCAAUCCUGCGACCUCGACAACGCCUGCAGGCUGCCAGGUAUGCGACGGCGUUUUGCCAUUAACUUGCGUGCAGGCUCCAAGUACUUCCAAUGCCUGCAGGAGCACUUCAGCCUCAAGAGCGCCGACCGGUCGCAGCGUUGCGGGGAGUCGUUCACUGCGUUCGACUCCUGCCGCAAGAUGCUGCAGCUGCAGCAAAACUCGCACCUGCAGGAGGCGCUCAAGCGCCAGCAGCUGCUGGACGACGAGGCGAAGGCGCUCUUUCAGAAACGGAUGGAGCUCAUGAAACAACUGUCGAAGUAG